AUGGAUCACUUAUCAUUGCACGGGAAUACGAUCGAGCAUUCAUUAGGUUUUACCAGGAAAACUGCAAUGUCAUUUUGGUCUAAUACAACAAAACGAGUUCGUGUAGCUGGUGGCCUCAUAUUAUUUUCGGUCCUAUCAAUAACGCUUUUAUGUUACUCGAGGUCCUUUCUGAUGCCCACGAUGCCCAAAGUGUCACUCCAUUACGGUGUCGAUUCCCACUCGCCUUAUAACGUCUCUAAAGUCGCGCUCCUCAUCGAGAACAGAGUGAACCCGAUCCUCACGCCAUUACUUAUCCACUUCAUGUCUGUAGUCCCACCGGACUGGCGAUUUCGCUUUAUGGGCAGUAAUGAAAGCGUCGACUACUUGAAGCAAAGUAGUUCAAUACGCGGUCACGUCGAGUCUGGGAAGCUAGACCUUACCUAUAUUCCAGAAAAUAUGACAACUGGAAGCCAAGAAGAGAUUUCAACAUUCUUAACCACACUCUGGCUUUACGAAACGGUUUUGCAGCCCGCGGAAUGGCUAUUGAAUACGAUUGGUCUGCGUCGUGUCAGCGCUAUCGUCGACGUCCUCCGCAAUCAAGUCCGUGCUCCUCACUCCGAACCUGAGGAUGUGUGGCUCGCAGAGAGACUUGGCCAUCGACCCGGGGCCAAAUUAGCAAAUGGAACAGCAUCUUUGACAUUUUCCGGUGAAAUGCACCGUGGAAAACCUGAACAAGUACCCGCGGACGAGGAUGGCGAGGCCGACAAUGCGGAUUCCACCAAAGCAGGAAAAUUGAUGAAGGGACUUGAUGAUUGGAGGGAUGGGUUUUAUGAACCCAUGGGAUAUCAUACAGGAGACUCAGGGAAUACACUCCACAGUGGUAUUUGGGGGACUCCAGCUCAGAGACAACACAUUUGGAAGUAUUGCCCGGAGAUGAAAAUGACGUUGGUAAUGGAUGCGGCAAAAUAUGUUCCCGGGAACUGUAACAAUCAAUGGAAACGAUGGAAUACAGGGGACGAGGGAGAAGGAACGGAUGAACUGGGUGUGGCAACGGAGAUCAUCAAUGGGGUAGAAUAUCCUUUACUACCAGCAGGAUUGACUCCUUGGUAG